AUGGCAGACAUCAGUCCCAAGAAUGAAGCCCUUGAGGCUCAAGAGGGUUCCCCAAGACUGGAUGAAAAGCCAGGUUCCAGUGAAGUCACCACCGAGCAUGAGAAGUCAUGGGCCACUCGCAAUGGACUCACUCUCGAGUCCUUUACCGCCCACGAGGAUCAUGGCAAGGGAUCGGUAGAACUUGAGCGACGGAUGAAGCCUCGCCAUCUCAACAUGAUUGCCAUCGGCGGCAGUAUCGGUGCUGGUUUCUUCGUCGGUAGUGGAGCUGCCUUGCAAACAGGUGGUCCCGGCUCUGUUCUUAUCGGUUUCCUUAUCAUGGGUGUCAUGAUGUUCAACGUCGUCUAUGCCCUUGGUGAGCUUGCUGUCAUGUAUCCCGUGUCUGGUGGUUUCUACACGUACGCCAACCGAUUCGUUGAUCCUUCCUGGGGUUUCGCCAUGGGUUGGAACUAUGUCAUGCAAUGGGCUUUCGUCUUGCCUCUGGAACUGACAGUCUGCGGUACUGUCAUUCAGUACUGGGCUCCCACCAGCAACGUCGCCAUCUGGAUUAGUGUCUUCCUAGUCGUCAUCAUCAUCAUCAACAUCUUCGGUACUCUUGGAUACGCCGAAGAAGAAUUCUGGGCUUCGCUUCUCAAGCUUUCGGCAACUGUCAUUUUCAUGAUCGUUGCUGUUGUCCUUGUCUGUGGUGGUGGACCUUCUGACGGCAUGUAUCACGAAUACUGGGGCGCCCGACUCUGGUAUGACCCAGGUGCCUUUCAACACGGCUUCCGAGGAUUCUGUGGUGUCUUUGUCACUGCUGCUUUCUCAUUCAGCGGUACCGAACUUGUUGGUCUCGCUGCCGCUGAAGCCAAGAAUCCCGCCAAGGCCCUCCCCGGCGCCAUCAAGCAAGUCUUUUGGCGAAUCACCCUCUUCUACGUUGUUGGUCUUCUCCUCGUUGGUCUUCUUGUCGACUCCACCGACAAGCGACUGUUGAACGCUGGCAGCGAUGACCCUAGCGCCUCUCCCUUUGUCAUCGCCGUCGCCAACGCCGGUCUCAAGGGUUACGAUUCGUUCAUGAACGUCAUCAUCUUGGUUUCCGUCUUGUCUAUCGGUGUGUCAUGUGUGUACGGUGGUAGCCGAACCCUUGUUGCUCUCGCCCAGCAAGGUUUCGCUCCCAAGUUCUUUGCAUACAUUGACAAGUCGGGCCGUCCCCUUCCUGCCGUCACCUCCAUCAUCUUGAUCGGCUUCUUGGGUUAUCUCAGUGUGAACGGAAACGGAAGCACCGUCUUCACCUGGCUGCAGGCUCUUUCUGGUCUGGCUGCGUUGUUCACCUGGGGAUCUAUCUGUCUCUGCCACAUCCGAUUCCGACAUGCUUGGAAGUAUCACGGCCACACUCUCGACGAGAUCCCUUUCAAGGCUGUUGCCGGUAUUUGGGGUUCAUACAUUGGCCUGGGACUCAACAUCAUCGUUCUGAUUGCUCAGUUCUACACUGCCAUCACCAACCUCGACGGCUCCGUCGGUGAUGCCGAGUCCUUCUUCGAGUCCUACCUGGCCUUCCCCGUUGUCAUUGUCUUUUACAUCUUUGGCUACAUCUGGAAGAGACAGGGUUGGUUGAAGCUUAGCGAGAUUGACCUCGACACUGGUCUCCGUGAGCAUGACUGGGACAGCAUCAACGCUUACCGUCGUGAGCUUGCUGCGGCGCCCGCCUGGAAGCGUGUGCUGAACAUCAUGUUCUAA